AUGAGCGGAACAUCCAACGUCGGCAACUCGCAGGUCUACCAGGCAGACGACCAGAGAACUGUGCCCAACUCUGAGAUCGAGCAGCAGAAGAAGGAUAACAGAUUUCAUGAGGGCAAGGAGAAUAGCCACAAGGCCAAUGACUCUAAGGAUGAGCGAUCCAUCGCCAACAAGCUAGCCCGUGAAGAAAAGAGCAAGCAGAUGGUCCAAGGCCUCAUCAUAUUAACGUCUUUGCAGAGACAAAACGAGGAAGAAUAUGAGCCUGAAGAAGUGAAACAGAGCAAGAGAGACCCAACACUGCCAGCCAAGAUGCACGGAAACGAGCCCUCCAAGGGAGCCAAGGUCGAUGCCGAAAUCCAAGCAGAGGAGGAAGAAGAGCUGAGACGAAAGGGAAAGGCGUAA